GUGGUGCAGAGAGGAAGCCAGGAGCUGGGUGACAUAGGCAAGGGAACGAUCCAGGAUGGGGGCGGAGCAAGGGAGGGACACUCAGGGAACCAGGAAGGACAUUAGGACAACCUGGGAGAGACACCCAUCAUCAUCAUCGCCACCAUCAUUUUUCCCUAUCUGGGAUCACAAGGGACAGCAUCUGCUUGUACUGGGGGCGCCCUCAAACUUGGGAUCUUGUUUUUCACUUAUCUGUGGUCUCUUUUCCUGGAAUUGACUGAAGACCCAGGCGCUGGGGUCACCCUGCCCUCCACCCCAAGAAACUGAAGGUUUUGCUUUGGGACAGAUCCCCCCUCCCUACACCCCCGGAGUGACAAGGCCCAAAGGAAACGGAUAUCAUGCCUUGUUGAGCGAUGGUGCUACAGAACUCGGAUGCCAUGGGGGUGCUGAGCCAAGCGGAGCUGUGCCCCUUUUCAACCAAAUCGGAGAAGGAUCGCCUGGAGGAUAUGCCCAAGUGCCAGUCACCAGACAAGGAGGGGUCCCCAGCCCAGUGUAGCAUAGAAGAUGCCCUUUCUUUGGAAGGUGGCUCCAGUCCAGGCAGAAACUCCAGUGACGGGAUGGAGGAGGAUGAAGCCAGCAGCACAGAGAGUGCCCAGAAUGGGUACGAGAGUCCCCAAACAGGAAGAAUUGGCUGCAGCACGAAGGAGAAGCAGCUGCGGCCAACUCAUGCUGUGAGCAAGAUCUCGGCUCUUGAGAAUCGGAUCAAGGAGCUGCAUCACCGGAAGAAGGAGGUGAACAUUGAGCAGAUGGACCUGGAAGGAGCCUUGCUGCAAGGAGAACUGAAGGAGGAGAAGCAGGAGCUGAGAAGGGAAGAGGAGCUGCUGCUGGAGCUGCAGAGGCGCCUCGUGGAGACGGAGCGCAGGUGCCACGCCGAAAGAGAGAAGGAGAAGGUGCGGCUGCAGAGAGAGCGUCACAAGGUAGAGGAGCUGCAGCGGCAGCACGCUGAAUCACAGAUCCACCUGGACAACCAGCCUGAAUCCAUGCGGGAACGGAUGCAGAAGCAGCUUCAGGAGACAUCUGAGAUGCUAGAUGGAGCCCUGAGAUGCUAUGAAGAUCUGGAGUUCCAGCAAUUGGAGCGGGAAAGCCGGUUGGAAGAGGAGAAGGAGGCCAUCUGCCAGGCUCUGGCCGAAGAGAUCACUCAGCUGCAGAACAGCAUCAACCAAAGGAAGAGGACGGUGCAGAGGCUGGAAGGACAGGCCCGUUUGACACAGGAGCAAAUGGUGGGCGAGAGCCAGCGAUUUGCGCAAGAGAAAGGCGAGGCCGUCAGGAAUCUCAACGCGGAGAAAAAUCGCCUAAUGGACAUGGGCCCGGAGUAUUCCGAGGAGGGUGGAGAGGACUCCUCUGAAAGUAAGCAGGGUGUCACUCAGCUCACUUUCACCCAAAAGACGGACCGGAAGGUCAUUGUGUUGGGUUCCGACCAAUCAGACUCCUCCUCCUGUGUCUUCUCCGUCCGCAGUUCUGUCAAGGGAUCAAUUGGAUUGCAGAGGACCGCAAGUCUCCCCCGUAGGAGAGGAGAACGCCUCACGGCCAGGACUGCACAGCGCCCCCUCUCUAUGCAUGGUGCUCUGGAUCCCAGCAUGCUGGCAGCACAGCUCUCAGGUGGGGGCAACAGGCCCUACCUAGGCAGCCCAAACCUGCAAUAUUCACGACUCAACAACCCCUCUACCAGCUGCUGGCCGGCCAAGGAGCUGUGGGGCAGCUAGGAGGGUCCAGCCAAGGAGCCUAUAGCCUUGGGAACUGUGUCACCCAGUUGGCCGAGAUGGAACGGAGGGUGCGGGAGGCCAUGGCCGAGAGAGAGCGGCUGCUGCAGGAAAG